AUGGCCCGCCAACGCGUCCACAAUGACCCAUGCGACUCACAAGUCACCGACAACCUGUACGGCACAGUCGCAUCUUUCUCCGCAGUAGGGGAUGCAGAUGCUGACGACUUCCUUGACGUGGACGGGGAUGCAUCCAGCCCAAAGAGCGACGUGACGGAUGUGAAGGACUUUAGUAAUGACAAUUCCAAUGUUGCAGAUCAAGUCCACCUCUUUGUAGGGAAUGUUCAUCCGCCGGAGUACUAUCAGAGGGCGCUACAAGAGUUCAAAGAGAGUGCUUAUAACGUCAGAGAUUACAGUCCUGGAAGCACUAUACAACUUGACACAAUCAAGAAGCAGUGA